AUGAGGUUCUUACACGAGGGUAUAGACCGCAUUAAUAAGUACUUGCCAACUACUAACCAAUGGUUGAUCUUGUUUUCGUCAAUCCCAGUCGCCCUUUCAACUGGAACUCUUUUUGUUUACUCCAUAUAUGGCACCCAGCUUGCUGAUAAAUGUAAAUUGGAAGCUGCCCAAGCAGCCAAUUUAAACAUCAGUGCCACAUUAGGAACAGCCAUUGGUGCUAUAUUAGGAGGUUAUGUAACUGAUGUAUAUGGGACUCAAAUUCCCAUGCUUAUCAGUUCGGUCAGUAUUGCUGUUGGGUACCAAUGGGUGUACCGGCAAUACCAAUUAGGUGCAGGCAGUAGUGUUUUGCAAUUACUUUUAGCUAUGUUUCUCGUUGGUGUGGGAUCAGUUGCCGGGUAUUUCAGCGCCAUCAAAGCCGUCACAGUUAGUUUUCCCACAUUCAAAGCCACAGCGCAAAGCAUUACAAUUGCCUCGUUUGCGAUAUCUUCGUUAGUAUACCUGGUAAUCAAUACCCGUGUUUUCCACGGUGAUGCAGAAAGGUUUCUUCGUUUUUUGGCCAACUCUUGCGGAUUAAUGAUUUUCAUAGGGUUUGUGUUUAUUCGAGUUGAAGGUCAUAUCGAUGAAGCCAAGCAGACCAGUGAAGCGAUUUCAGAACUGACCAGUUUGUUAAGUGAAGUCGACUCAACAUCAGGUGUUGAAUCCGCGAAGGAACAUGAUUUAAAACACAGCAAUUUACGCGCCACACUUUUGCAUCCCGUAUUUUGGUAUCAUUAUUUUCUUUUUGCAAUUGUCCAAGGAUUAGGGCAAAUGUAUAUCUAUUCAGUUGGUUUCAUUCUAAAAGCUCUUCACUAUUAUUUCAGCCAGAACCAACUAGAAACAGUGACUCCAUUGCACCACUUGCAGGCACUUCAUGUUUCCAUUAUUGCUGUUGCUUCCUUCCUCGGAAGAUUAAGCUCGGGCCCCACCUCCGAUUAUUUGGUUCACAAAUUAAAUUCUCAAAGACACUGGGUGUUAAUUUUAGGGUUGGUGUUUAUGUUACUGGGACACAUCAUGCUAUCUACAAACCUAUCAUCGUGGACUUUUGACAGUGUCAACUUGUACAUGUCGAUCAUCUCCGGUCUUGUGGGGUACGCCUAUGGGUUCAGUUUCACGAGUUACCCGGCCAUAGUCUCGGAUAUUUUCAAUAUGAAGCAUUACUCCCUGAUUUGGGGCACCACAUAUUCGGCGACUGCAUUGGGUCUUCUGGUCAUGACCAAGGUGUUUGGACAUGUCUAUGAUUUGAACUCGACAUUUUGGGAUGGCGAGGAUUAUGUGUGUGCCAAGGGGUCAGGGUGUUAUCGUCUUACGUUUGUGAUUACUUCUGGAUUAUGUCUGUUUGCCAUGAUCCUUGUCUUGUUCUAUAUUUAUACCAGAGAUAGACAUGGUUAG